AUGACAUCAAUUGCUUCAAUCGGUUCAGUUUCAUCAAGUUCAAGUUCAGUUAUUGGCCGUAGAUCUGGUUCAGGUUCAUUUGGUUCUAAUAGUGUUGCACUUAAUAUUUUUGCAUCUGCUAAAUCAAAUACCAAUAUUGAUGCUUCAGCCACCACCAAAGCUAUUUUGGAUGCCACAACUAAUGCUGCAUCAAGUGUUAACGCUAAUGUAAAUUCAAAUGCCACUAUUAGUAUUUAA